AUGGACGAACCAACCAUCUACCAAGAUGAUCUGACACUCAGCCAUGCCAUUUUGAGUCAUAAAGCCAGACGCCAUGCUUGGAAAGCAGCAGCGAAGGAGUCUAGGAAGACCAUACCGCCUCCGAAAAUGGCAAGUGUAAAGCCUCCGGAGCAAAAUCAAGGAACAACGUCCAUCGUAGAGACUAUCCGCUACGAGUGCUGCAUUUGUGGCGAUGACCAACCGGUCACGGAAGGCGUUAUUCCAUGUGAGGAGCAUUUCUUCUGCAACAACUGCAGCGUCGAGAUCUUCACGCGAGCGAUACGAAGUCUCGACGAUUUCCCUGCCAAAUGUUGCUCGCCACUUCCACGGCGGCUCGUCGAACAUCUUCUAUCGCCAGAUGCUAUCGAGGCCUACAAACUGAAGGCCAAAGAGUACUACACAAGUCCCGUACUACGGGUAUACUGCUCUAACGAGGACUGUCGGGUUUUUCUACCCGAUACCCAACACAGCCGCUCAGAUUUCGGGGCUAGCAUCGCCCGAUGUUAUUGUGGCACAAUUACCUGUGUGGACUGCAAGGAGGCGUUGGAAGAGGUGGAUCAUGUGUGCUCGCUCUCGACUGAUCCUGUCGCAAAGCCAGACUGGAUGCCCGAGUACACAACCGGUUGCCGCAUCAAGCAGUGUCCAGGCUGCCAUGUCUGGGUAGAGCACAGAGAUGCUUGUAAUCACAUGCGUUGUGGCUCUUGUUGCUAUCAAUUUUGUUUCAUUUGCUUGCAGCCUUGGGACAUAGCAGAAGGCUUCCAUGAGGGUCAGGGGUGCCCACCAUACGGGGAGCCAAUGGCAGGGUACGAUGAGGAAGGCUAUGAGCGCACGCCUCGCGCAAUCCAUCGUGACACGGGUUAUGUUCGCGGUGGAUGGAACCGUCACAGUCGACCGAAACUUAAUGUUAGACCCGCUGUUGGUUUCCGCCCCGUGUUAAUUCUCCCCAACUAUCAUGAAGAUGAUGAGCAUUAUUACGAAGACGACGACGACGAAGAUGACGGUGGCGACGACUGGGGCCUUGAUUAUGGCGAUUACGUCUAA